AAGGGCGACGUCCCAGUAGAAAUUGUCCAUCCAACAGGUUUCAUUCGGCAUAAUUUGCAGCUCUGAUAAGUGGCAUUUAAAAAACGCAGUUCAGUAGUUGAUCUUGGCUGAUAAAUAUUUGCGUUUAGCGUUUUAAAAUUUAUAUACAUCAAAAUGCCUAAGUGUCCCAACUGCCAAAAAGAAGUUUAUUUCGCCGAGAGAAAAACUUCUAUGGGCAAAGACUGGCACCCAGCCUGUUUGAAGUGCGGGAAAUGUGGGAAAACUCUUGCACCAGGCAGUCACUCAGAGCAUGAAGGAAAACCUUACUGUACAAAACCUUGUUACGCUUCAUUGUUUGGACCUGAAGGUUUUGGGCGUGGUGGAACCUCAGGGGACAAAGCAGUGUACAACAAAUAGACUAUCCCAGGCCACAAGAUCCAUCAACCUCAUAUCCCCAUACUUCAUGUUGUUUGUGAUAUAGCUUUAGAUUUAUGUUUAUAUAUACACAUACGUCUUCAAUCAUUCAGACUUUCAGCAAAAUACAAUUUUUUUGCAAGAUUUCUUUAAAGAACAAACAUUUUUAUGCUAAAAUGCAGGAUAUUUCUCUAUUCAUAUUUUAAUAACUGGUGCUGCUUUGGUGUUUCAGUUUGUUUAUUUUAAUGGAAAUCUUUCAUUCCUUUUUCCCUAGUAAAGUUCAGUUCACAUUGUAAUAGAUUGAUUCUAUUUUCACACAAUGUGAGACCAGUCUAAACUGGUUUGUUUGUUUAUACAAAGUACAAUGAAAGGCCUUUAAUCUUCACUUGUUAUGCAUAAGUAAAUGACAACGGCCCUUGUUGGCCAUUAGAAGCCCGUACAGCUUUUUUUUUUUUCAUUUAUUAUUAUAUUUGCACUUUAUAAAAACUUGGGAACAAGUUAUUUUUAUGAAACAAAUAUGGGAAAUAAACAUUUUUUUCUCAA